AAUUGCUAAUUGUCUCUGUCCUUUAAUCUCUCGCCUAAAACCCUAAACGCAAGUGAGUUACCUUCCUCUACCCCUCUCCUUCUCCAAUCCAUGGCACCCAAGAAUCCAAUAUCUGAUCAGCAGCCUCCUCCGCCGGAACUGGAAGAAUCAUCUUCUGAAGAAGAGGAGUCAGUGUCUAAUAAACAUAUUCCUCCGCCAGAGCCAGAAACGAUGAAAGAAUCAUCGGAACAAGAGGAGGAAGAGAGUUCUGAAGAAGAAGGAGAAGAAGAAGGGUCUGAAGAAGAAGAAGAAGAAGUAGGAGAAUCUGAUGUUGAAGAAGAACAAGAUAAACAGAAAUCUUCUCAGAUUCUGCCCGAUGUUCAAAAGCAGACCACCCCUCCACCUCAAUUCCCUGCAUAUUCUGGCAAGGAAGGAGAGGAGGAUGAGGAAUCAGAAAACUCCAUAGAUUCUCCUUCUGCGUCGGAUUUCAGAAUCAAAGUUGUUACUCCUCCAAAGCCCACUUCGAAAGACUCUAAAUCCAUCUCAAAGCACCCCUUUGAAGCUGAGAAAGAUGAUGAAAGCGAUUUGAGAGGUAAGAAAAAGGCUAAAGUUAAUGCUGAAGAGUUCAGGAAAGAUUCGAGUAGUGGAGGUGCUGGGAGGGUGUGGGGUGAGGAGGAUGUAAUCGAUCUUCUUCAAAGCAUGAUUGAUUUUAAGGAUGAAAAAGGGGUUGAUCCUUCUUCUAAUAUGCCUGCUUUUUAUGACUUUGCUAGGGGAAAGUUGCAAUUUGAAUUUUCGAAUACUCAGAUUUAUGAGAAGAUUAGGAGGUUGAGGAUUAAAUUUUUCAAUAAUAUGGAAAAAUAUGAGAAAGGAGGGGAGGACCUUGUUUUCCACAAGCGUCAUGAGGCAGAAACUUUUGAUCUCUCUAAAAAGAUUUGGGGUAAGGGAGGUGAUGGGAUGAUUAAUAAGGGAGUUGAUAAAAAUGUAGAUGGUAAGAGCAACAAUGGCUAUAAUGGCAAAGCAAAAAAAGGUGGUAAAACUGUCCGUUCUGUGGAUAAGAAUGCAGUCAAAGAGUUGGGGAAAGAUGAUCAUGAAGGUGAUUUUGAGUCGAAGUAUCCAUUCUUGAGCCAUUCGAUUGAUAUGGACGUUGGGGGGGGUUUCUUGAGAGAGAAUAUCAGUUUGAUUGGGGACGCCAAGGCAAAGGAUUUGGAGGGCAAGUGGAAGAAAUUCCGCGAAGCUGAAGUAGAGGUUUUAUUGAUGAAGAUGGAUUUGAUGAAGGAGCACACUAAAUUGGUUUUGGAAGGUAUGAAGGAAAGUAAUUAGUGCUUGGUAGGUUAUAUGUUUGGAUUGUAAGGCAUGUCUUUUGGGUUUCAGGUUAUUUAGGCUGGAAAUUUCAUGCCACAUAUUCUUAGUCUGGCCAUGAAAACCUUUUGGUGCCAAUUUUGUUAAAUCGGGUUUAUAAGCUCUUUUGGACCUAGUAAUUGGUAAUAUACAGUUGGUUCAUUUUCGUUAAAGUUUAGUUAUCAAAUUUUAUUAAAUUCCUGAUUAUUGAUUGCUCA